GCGUCGCUUGGGCUGCCGGCGCUAUGGGGCUGACCCGCGUGCGGGCUAUUUUCUUUGACCUGGACAACACGCUCAUCGACACGGCCGGGGCGAGCAAGAGAGGCAUGUUGGAGGUAAUAAAGCUCUUAAAAUCAAAAUACCAUUAUAAAGAAGAGGCUGAAAUCAUCUGUGACAAAGUUCAAGUUAAACUCAGCAAGGAAUGUUUUCAUCCUUAUAGUACAUGCAUUACAGAUCUGAGGACUUCACACUGGGAAGAAGCAAUCCAGGAAACAAAAGGUGGUGCAAACAAUAGGAAAUUGGCUGAAGAAUGUUAUUUCCUGUGGAAAUCUACCCGUUUACAGCAUAUGACCCUAGCAGAAGACAUCAAAGCCAUGCUCACUGAACUUCGCAAGGAGGUCCGCCUUCUCUUGUUAACAAAUGGUGACAGACAAACACAGAGAGAGAAGAUCGAGGCCUGUGCCUGUCAGUCCUACUUUGAUGCUAUUGUUGUAGGUGGAGAACAGAAAGAGGAGAAACCUGCACCUUCCAUAUUUUAUCAUUGCUGUGAUCUCCUUGGAGUACAGCCUGGGGACUGUGUGAUGGUUGGUGACACAUUAGAAACUGAUAUACAAGGAGGCCUCAACGCAGGACUGAAAGCAACAAUCUGGAUAAACAAAAAUGGAAUAGCACCACUGACAUCAUCCCCUAUUCCACACUAUAUAGUUUCUUCUGUACUAGAAUUACCUGCUCUCUUACAAAAUAUAGAUGACAAAGUCAAUAUGUCAGCUUAAAGCACAUAUUAUAUUCAGUUCUAAGAAUAACUUGACUUAAGAUUUAAUGACCAUUUUGUGAAGGUCCUCCCAACCUUAUUGCUUUUGACAACCAACCAUUGACUUGUAUUUAUAUCUGAAAAUGCAGGUUGCAUUAAUACAGGUUACUUUCAGGAGUAUGUAGUCCAGACAACUUGAGGAAAUACAUUAUUUGUUAGUACAUAACUUGAGAUUUUUAAAAAAUUAUUUUAUUAAUGUUUUAGUAUCUUGGUUCCAUGAUAGCUUAUGCAUGGAUACACAAAUGCAGCUUAUAUGACCUAAAAAUAGAUAUUUUUWAAAAAAUAGAUAUUCCAAAACACGUAUAAUAGAGAUUUAUUAGAGUGAUUGAAUCUGAUUCAUAUGAAGUGUUAAGUCAUGCAAAUCAAGGCAUUUCACAGUGAAAUUAUUCUGCUAUUUUUUAAAUAAGUCAUAUUUUUGCU